CUCCCGCGCGCCGAUAUGGAGGAGGCGGGCCGACAACUGUCUUGGCCAAUGGUGGGGGCGCACCGCGGGUCACGUGGCAGAGGUGGGCGCUUUUGUUCGCUGCAGCUGCGAGAGCGCGCGGUAUUCUUCAGCAGCGGCAGAGACAGCUUCCUGGCACCCGGUUACCACUCGUCACUUGCACUUUCAGUCAUGUCUGAAGCUGAGAUCAAAGUAAGAGAGCUGGAAAAACGUGCCUCUGGCCAGGCAUUUGAGCUUAUCCUGAGCCCUCCAUCUACUGAUGCUACUCCAGAUCUCUCAAUUGCCUCUCCCAAGAAAAAGGAAUGCUCCUUGGAAGAAAUUCAGAAGAAACUGGAAGCUGCAGAAGAGAGGCGCAAGUUACAUGAGGCUGAAAUCCUAAAGCAGCUUGCUGAGAAGAGAGAGCAUGAGAAAGAGGUUCUACAGAAAGCUAAAGAGGAAAACAACAAUUUCAGCAAAAUGGCUGAGGAGAAACUAACUUCAAAAAUGGAAGCUAUUAAAGAAAAUAGAGAGGCCCAGAUGGCAGCAAAACUGGAGCGAUUGCGAGAGAUGGAGAAGAAAGUUGAUGCAAAAAAGGGGAAAGAAUCCAAAGAUGAAGCGGAGAACUGAGUCCAGUCUGAGAAGACUGCACCAGCAUUGCAAAGCUAUUCCCAUAAGUGUUCCCCCUCCUGUUUAUGUCUUAUCCGCUGUAAUUAUGUAGACAGGCAUAUUGCACCCUGUUUGCUUGGUAAAUGAAGAAGCCUUUCACUAGUCCAGUCAUCUUACUGUUACUGUUGUAUUGUACUGGAAAGUUAUGGUGUGAGGUUUUCUAGUAUUGUUAUACCAGUGCUCAGACUUACAUACUGCACUUAAAUAUGACUUGUCAUAGUUUGUCUUAAUAAAACAGUUUGUUGGAAAA